GCAUGCCCAUGUGAAAGUGAGAAGCGGAAUGGCGUACCAGCGCGUAAGACACAGGGUGUGUAGAAUGACUGGGAGUAGCAACGCCAACCAUGCCUUUGCAACCACGUCGGUCGCCGACGUCCUCUGGAUCCGAACGCCGUUGACGCUCUACUGGGCGUGGACGUGCGCGGCCGCGACAGUCGCGCUCAACGUCUCGCUCGAAGCGCUCGGCGUGCACGCGAUGAGCAUCUACGUCUUCUGGUGCGGCAUGUGGGUGCUGGCCAACACGCUCAUUCUCCUUGGCACGGGCGACGUGCCCUUUGCGUUCGUGGCGUUCUACACGCUGGUGGCGAUCGCGCGCAAGUCGGCCGCGCUCAGUGACCGCCUCGUGCCGCAAAAUCCAAACUAUCCCGAGCUCUACGCGGUGCAGGUCAUGGCGACCGUCGGCGCCUUCGUCUUUGGCAGCCUCUUUGCGUUUCUCGUGCUCCACAAAUGGUGGCGCGGCGACGCGUUCCCGCGUUCGCAUGCGUAGCAAUCUCCUUCUUCAUUCGCUCGCCAGGGUGUGGCUGCGCAGGCGGCGGCGCGGGGGCGCGUCUUGCUCUUCUGUAGUCGCCCGGGGGCGAUUGGGGCCGCGGGUGAGGCCCAUGACGACUCGCUGUGUAAUGGCCUUCCAGGCUUCGCGAUCGGCAGCAAAGCUACGCAGUUUGUUGAGGUCCUCGAGAGACGCAAGCGACUGAGGCGGCGACAAGGACGCUGUUGUUGCGCG